AUGAGCCGUAUCUCUUUCAGAUCAUCUACUGGAGGGGGCAUGAGGGGCUUUAGCUCAGGCUCUGCUAUUGUAGGAGGUGGCGGUGGUGGGACCAGAAGCAGUUUUAGCUCUGUGUCUGUCUCCAGAGUUGGAGGAGGAAGAGCUGGAGGUGGAGGAGGCUUUGGAGCUGGCGGUGGCUUUGGCAGCAGAAGUCUCUAUAACUUGGGUGGAAGCAAAAGAAUUUCCUACAGCUCGGUCGGUGGAGGUCUACGGAGCGGAGCCGGGGGCGGAUACGGCUUCGGUCUUGGCUAUGGUGGCGGAGCAGGCGCUGGCUUUGGCUUAGGAGGAGCCGGUGGUGGUGGUGGCUAUGGGCUGGGAAGUGGAUUUGGGCUGGGAGGGCCCGGAUUUGGUGGCCGAGGUGGCCCCGGGUUCCCUGUUUGCCCGCCUGGUGGCAUCCAUGAAGUGACUGUCAACCAGAGCCUCCUGGCACCCCUCAAGCUGGAUAUCGAUCCGGAAAUCCAGAAGGUGCGAACACAGGAGAGGGAGCAGAUCAAGACCCUCAACAACAAAUUUGCCUCCUUCAUUGACAAGGUGCGCUUUUUGGAGCAGCAGAACAAGGUGCUGGAGACCAAGUGGACCCUCCUCCAAGAGCAGGGUCACACUGUCACCAGGAAGUCCCUGGAGCCCAUUUUCGAAGCCUACAUCAACAACCUCCGGCGGCAGCUCGACAGCCUGGUGGGAGAGAGGGGCCGGCUGGACUCUGAGCUCCGGAGCAUGCAGGACAUGGUGGAAGACUUCAAGAACAAAUAUGAAGAUGAGAUCAACCGGCGCACAGGUGCUGAGAACGAGUUCGUGGUCCUCAAGAAGGACGUGGAUGGUGCCUACAUGAACAAGGUUGAGCUCCAGGGCAAGGCGGAUGCGCUGGCAGAGGAAAUCAACUUCCUGAGAGCUCUGUAUGAGGCGGAGUUGUCCCAGAUGCAGCAGCAAGUGUCCGACACCUCCGUGGUUCUGUCCAUGGACAACAACCGGAACCUGGACCUCAACAGCAUCAUCGCCGAGGUCAAGGCGCAAUACGAGGACAUCGCCAACCGCAGCCGUGCCGAGGCCGAGGCUUGGUACCAGAACAAGUACGAGGAACUCCAGGUCUCUGCUGGGAGACACGGGGAUGACCUGAGGAACACCAAGAUUGAGAUUUCAGAGAUCAACCGGAUGGUCCAGAGGCUGCGGAACGAGAUCGACAGUGUGAAGAAACAGUGUGCCAACCUCCAAGCAGCCAUUGCUGAGGCUGAGGAGCGUGGGGAGAUGGCCCUCAAGGACGCCAAGGCCAAGCUGACCGAGCUGGAGGAUGCUCUGCAGAAAGCCAAGGCUGACCUGGCCCGGCAGCUCCGGGAGUACCAGGAGCUCAUGAACGUCAAACUGGCCCUGGACAUCGAGAUUGCAACCUACAGGAAGCUGCUGGAGGGCGAGGAGAGCAGGCUUGCUGGAGAAGGAGUCGGAGCUGUCAGUGUCUCUGUGGUCAGCAGCUCCAGCGGGAUGGGCUACGGCGGCGGGAGCUGCCUGGGCCUGGGCGGGGGGCUCGGCAUGGGCGGCGGCGGCGGCAGCAGCAGCUACACCAUGAGCAGCAGCGGCUUUGGAGGCGGCAGCGGCGGCUUCGGAGGCAGCGGAGGCUUCGGCGGGGGGCUCAGCUAUGGCGGAGGCAGCUCCUUCAGCUCUGGGAGCAGCCGUGGCGUCAGCUCCAGCACGGGAGGCAGCGUCAGGAUCGUUUCCAAGACCACCACCAGCAAAAAGACCAUCAGAUAA